AUUGACUCCAUCCCGGAGAUGAUACGGCAGGUUGGGCUAUUGGCAGGGAGUUUUCUGCUGCUGCUUCUCAGGAAUGUUUCGGCCCAGGGGGAAACGACCACAAUGCCCAGUAACUCUACAACUCCCAGCCCAGGCCCUAAUAUUGUGGCAAUUGUGGUACCAACUGUGGUCCUGGGACUGCUGGCUAUUUUGACAGCGGUUCUGUUGUUUCUGUUCUGCGUGGUGAAGAAGAAGAGACAAACAGAAGGGACGUAUCGACCCAGCACAGAGGAGCAGUCAGGGGUGCGUAGUGUAGAGACGCCUGACGCUCUGAAACUACCCAAGGAGGAGAGACUGAUUUGACACACUGGUUUAUGACUAACCUACUGCACAUGAUAACAGCGACUCAAUUCCAAAAUGGUUAAACGGAUAAACAUUAACUAAGGAACGUUUCUGAAGGCACAAGGCACAAACUUAGCCCUAUGUUUUGGCUAAACAAAGCGAGUCUGACUACUUGGAAGAAACUUGAAGGAACAGAUUCUCUCUCCAAAAGGCAACAUAUUGAUCGGCACGUGCAGCUCUCUAGCAUUUUUUGCCAUUUUAGCCUGGUAGCUUUUGUCUGAAUACUUCAUUUUGUGCUGUGUUACCUGUUUUAAUGGUUGCGUUACACAUACAAAUGCUGAUGUUUGUAUGUAGUGUUAAGAUAAAUUUAAAGGUGAAGCAUGUAAUUUCUGCACCCCUAGUGGCACAAAACAGAAUUGCAGUUUUUUUGUUUUGCAUUCAGAAUGGGCCAGACUUAAAAGGGAUA